AUGUCACGCGUGCUGUUCAACCGGGGACACCGGCAUCGUCACGACCGGGAUGGUGACGGUAUAUACUCGUACUCUGACUCUUACGAGCUUGUUGACGGAGAGUGGGUGGAGAAGCCGCCUACCCCUCCUGGCUCGGUCCAGGAGGAGGAGGAGAAGCCCAAGUGGUACAUCCAGCACUCCAAGCUGAUCUCCGCCAUUGUGGUCGUCAUUGUCUUCAACCUGGUGGGCAUGCUCAUCUUUUCUGAAGUCGAAGGCCUCGACGGCUUGGAUGCGCUGUACUUUACCCUCGUCACGCUCACCACCAUCGGCUUUGGCGACAUCUCACCGUCGACCAACGAUGGUAAGACUGCCGUCAUGUUUUACGGCGUCAUCGGACUGGCCGUCAUCGGUUGGGUUCUCUCCAUGCUCUCCGACUACUCGCAGCGCAAGUCGUCGUCGGACCCGUAUGUCAUUGUCCUCUCGCAGUACAACUGCCUCUCGUGCAUCAAGGGCUGUGAGCGAGCGCAGUUCACCUCGCCGCACUUUGAGAAGAACCUCAACCCGGUGUGGGAAAACCAAGAAGUGUGGACCAUUCCGCACUCGAUCUUUGCCAAGGAUGUGGUAAUCCAGGUCCGCGAUUGGGACAACUUUAACUACGACGACCUCAUCGGCGAGGUGGUCAUCGACCCGCAGACUCAGAUCGGCGAGGAGUGGGCGUUGUACGACCUGCCUCUGGAGAAGGUGGAGGACAAGGACGCGCGGCCGACCAUCCAGCUAGAGAUGAAGUUUACGCCGGCAACCCAGGUCCUCGAAGUCCGCCUUGUCUCGUGCCAUGACCUCCCCAUCAUGGACGACUACUCGGGCUUGCUCGAGCAGUCGGUCAACAACACCAAGGAGCUCGCGACUGCGCUUCUCAUUCUGGCCGUCAUCAUCUUUGGCGGCGCCGGCCUCUUUGCCGGCCUGGAGAAGUGGCGCUACUUUGACGGCAUGUACUUUGCCUUUGCUGUCUUCUCAACCAUAGGCUACGGCGACUUUUCGCCCAAGACCGACACCGGCAAGGCUCUCUUCCUCCCCUACGCCUUCCUCGCUGUCGGCAUCGGUGGCUACAUCAUCGGCCUCAUCCAGGCCGGUGGCGUGUCGGCCGGCGCCACGUCGGAGAUUCCGCGGAACGAGAACGGCACACUCGACUUUAAGUCGCUCAAGUCGCACGACGAGCAGUACGAGCUCGAGUGGGCCAUCCGCGACGCGCUGUCGGCGUCGUCGUCGGCGUGGUCCUCCGAGGACUCGGCCGACUCGCAGUACACUUACUGGUCGAGCUACGACGAGCAGGAAGAGGCCAUCGCUGACAUUGUGGCCGGUGACGCCGCUCUCCCAGCUGACCUUGUCCUUCCCACCCGCCGCCGCCGCCUCCUCCACGGCGCCGCCCGCACGACUUCGUCGCGAGCCCGCCAGUGGGUCUACGUCGACGCCGACGCCAACUCGCCGACUCUCGCCUCGUCGGCCGCCGUCGACUACGCCACCUACUCGUCUGACUCGGAGUGGGAGUCGGAGCAGGACGAGAUGGACAACCUCGUCGCCGCUCGCUACGAGCCAAGCCAGACUGCCACCGCCACCGGCGAGCCCGCCGCCACCGGCCUGGCCGACCCUGGUCCGCUCCCGGCUGCGCCGGGCUGCAUCCCCGCCGCCAUCAAGCCGUCGACUUACUUUGGCAACUCGUUCAUCUACCGCUUCUGCAAGCAGUCGUUCAUCGCCCUCGCCCUCCUCUUCAUCGGCACCAUCAUGGCGCCCAUCGAGGACUGGCGCUGGUACGAGGGCCUCUACUUUUCGUUUGUCACUCUCACCACCGUCGGCUAUGGCGAUUUUCUGCCCGACUCGGACGGCGCCAAAGUCUUUGUCAUGCUGUACGGCCUCUGCGGCCUCGCCGCCGUCUCGGGCUUUUUCUCGCUUGUCUCCGAGGCCUCAACCUCGCCGCCGAGCGACCCGGAGCUCCUCCGCCUCGAGAACCGGCUCAACAAGUACCGCUCGUACCUGUACCGCUUCUUCCACUCGGCCGCCAUGGCCAUCAUCUUCUACGUCGCCCUCCUCAUCAUCUCCAUCUUUAUCGGAGCUGGUGUCUUCUCCACCACCGAGAUUGGCACCGGCGCCGAGCUCACCUGGUUCGACACCCUUUACCUCUCCGUUGUCACCCUCACCACCAUCGGCUACGGUGACAUCUUCCCCGUCUCGGACGAAGGCCGCGCCUGGUUCAUGUUCUUCAUCCUCUUUGGCAUCGCACAGCUCUCCCACGCCCUGUACCUCGUGCAAAAACUCACCGGCGACCUCGCCCAGAGCUCGCUCGCCGAAAUCGCCGGCGAAGACGACAACGAGGCCAAGGGCAUCGACGACGUGGAGCAGCGCUCCAUAGACGCUGGCGACAGCGUCCUCCUCCAGUACCUCAAGACCGGCACCAUGGACCUCGAUGCCGUCCACAAAGACAACGCCUAUGACGAUUCCGUGUAAAACAAGACCGGCCUUGCGGUCCCA